AUGAACCAAAAUCUAUUUACCCCUUUCAUAACCCCAUUUAUACUAGGCAUCCCCAUUACUACUCUAAUCAUUAUAUUACCAGCCAUACUAUUUCCAUCACCAAACCGAUUAACUAAUAAUCGCCUAAUCUCCAUCCAACAGUGAUUAACUAAGACAGUAUUAAAACAACUAAUAAACAUACAUAACCCUAAAGGACAAUCUUGAUCCCUAAUACUCAUCUCACUUCUUCUAUUCAUUGCCUCCACAAACUUACUGGGAAUAUUACCCCAUUCAUUCACACCCACCACCCAACUCUCAAUAAAUCUAGGAAUAGCCAUCCCCCUCUGAACUGGUACUGUCCUCAUAGGCCUCCGCCACAAAACAAAAACAUCCCUGGCCCACCUCUUACCACAAGGCACACCCACCUUCCUAAUCCCUAUAUUAGUAGUCAUUGAAACUAUCAGCCUAUUCAUUCAACCAAUAGCACUAGCUGUACGACUAACCGCCAACAUUACAGCAGGACACCUACUACUACACUUAAUCGGAAGCGCAAUCCUUGCAUUAGCAAAUAUUAAUACACUCGCAGCCUUCACCACAUUUAUUAUCCUAACUUUAUUAGUCAUUCUCGAACUCGCCGUCGCCUUAAUCCAAGCCUACGUAUUUACCCUAUUAGUAAGCCUAUACCUACACGACAACACAUAA